GUCCCAAAGAACUGACGUGUUUCUGGUUGCUAUAGACGACUCAAAACACUAAUGCCAAGCCGAAAGAAGUCAAAGGAGAUCGGAGAAAUGUGAACUAAAAUGUUGUUUUUGUAAAAUACAUACACAUAGAUAUUUUUUAACAGUAUUUAAUAAGGCAGUGCGUCGUCAAAAUGCAUUUUAAUAAUCCAUAACGACUUAAUAUUCGCAACAGAGGAAAUAAAGCUAUCUUGUUUUGGUGUCAGUACGUUUUGUGUAAAGUCAAGAGCUGAUUUGAGUAACUUACAGGUUACUUUUGUAUAAUCAUAAAUGUCUGGUUACAUUAUAGAAGUCAAUAAUGCGUUAUAGUAAUCUGUAAUAAUUAUUGCGAGCACGACAGAACACUUUCGUGACAUUUUUGUGAUUUUAUUAACAGCGGUAUACCUGAUCAUGUUUUUUUAAUAUAAGUUAGAGAUAUGUUGUAUAUAUUUUUGUACUGGUAUAACAAUACUAAUUAGAUGUCACCUAUCAAAUUAAAACUGCAGUCGUUAUAUGCACAUUUGUCAUUUGCUGACUAAACCGAACAGUAAUAAUGUCAGUCGCGGCCAGUGAUUGUGUAAUGACAGAUGAAGAACUGGAAGAAUUGGGUGAAGAUGGAAUCUCAAUAGUUACUUAUGAAUCUGAGACUGAAAGGAAACCAAAGAAAAAAAAGACUUCUCAUAAACCACCCAGAUCUCCAAAAUCUCCUUAUCUCUCAAACACAUACCUGCAACCAAAAAAAGCUGCAGUUUGGAGAUCAUUAAAAGGCACUGGGACAAUGCAUGUUGAAAAUCCUUCAGCUAGAGUACCCAGGGAGCUGUGGCUUGCAUCACUUAAAAGUGGACUUGCUCUGACACAGCCCCUUAAAGCAGAGUAUGCCUUUACACAAGCAAGGCUUGCCUCGUCUACCGGCACCCCAGAAUACCUGAAAGAAGCUCUUGGAAUGAAGAAACCAAAACACUCCCGCUCUUCUAGCAAUGGAUAUGUUCCUGGAACCCCUGACUACAAAGAGAAAGAGGACAUGUAUGACGAGAUCAUUGAACUCAAGAAGAUGUUACAAGCUCAGAAAUCAGAAGCUGACAUUAUGAAAACAAAACUGCGUCGUCUGGAGGAAGACAACAGCAAAAAGGAAAAGCAAAUUGAACAGCUUCUCGAUCCUUCCAAGGGUUCUGAAUUUACAAGGAGCUUGGUUGACAAAAAGAAGGAUUCAAGUGUGAUCACAAAUGGAUUAAAGCAGAAGAUUCUGAAGUUGGAGCAGCAAUGCAAAGAGAAGGACCAUGCAAUUAAUAAACUGCAGACUGAUUUAAAGACAACAAAUACUGAAGAAAUGAAGAUAGCAAUGGAGACUUACUAUGAGGAGAUUCAAAGGCUUCGUAUUAUGCUGGCCAAUAUGGAAUCUGCAGAUAAAAAAUCUGAGAGUAAAGAAACCCAGAAACAACAAAAGGUGCUAAACUCCACCAUCCUGAGAUUAUCUAAAAAUAUCAAACAAAUGCAGGAGGAAAAUAAAUGUCUGAAGGAGGACCUGGCUAGAGCAUUGGAUAGCCCUUCUGCUUCAGCCAGAGGUUAUAGUGACUGGAGCAAACCAAGGCUGGUGAGACGAAUCACUGAGCUAGAAAGAAAAGUGGACGACCUGGAGAUGGGUAGUUCCAACCAAGCCAGCAGUGCUAGAGCGACUGUUGCUUUGGUGUCAACGAGUGCAGAUCAGUCCAAUCAGACAGCUUCGUCAACUCUCAAAGGAACAGACUCUCAGCAGGAGUGUGAGCGCCUUCGAGGGUUAGUAAAGAAACUGAAAGAGGAUCGCACUGACCUACAGGAACAGCUGUCUGGAAAACUGACUGAGAUAAAACUCUUGGGCAGUGAGAAAGAAGAGUUAACAAAAGAAGUCCAGAGACUGAAGUCAGUUGGAAAUGAGAAAUCCUUUCCAGAGGCCAAGGAGAAAAUCCAGAAACUGACACAAAAGGUAAAACAGCUUGAAGCAGAGCUAGAGGAUGAGAGAAGAAUCAAAGAAGACUCUUUGCAUACAUCCAACAAGAGCCAGAGGAAAGCUUCUUCCUCUCGGGAUGCAGGGUGCAGGUCCCGUCUCAGUCCUGAACAGGAUCAGAGAAACACACCAUCUCAACCCUCGUCAGCACGCUCUGAACAACGCCAAAAACAGAAGCAGGAUAGAGCGGCCCGGACCAUACAAAAAUACUGGCACCAGUAUAAAGACAAGAAUGAAGAUUCAGAUAAGGACACUGUUGUGAUUCAGUCUGCUUUGAGAGGACAUUUGACCCGGCAAAAGCAAUUAACAGGCCUUAAAGAUUUCGAAGAACGUAAACCGUUCAAGAGUCCGCGUGCAGUAAGAAGUAGCAGUGCUCACAGCUUGUCCCCAGCUGAUGAAGACGGAGACGAGGCUGUGACGUUACUCCAGUCUGCAUUCAGGGGUCACCUUGCACGUUCGGGACAGCUCAGCAGCCGAUCGUCUGAUUCCAGUGUGGUUCAUGGGAGUGGAAGGAACAGUCCCAGGAAAAGCCCUGUUUCUUCUAGAAAGCAGAGCAUAGUACCUUCCCCAGCACCCAGGAGCAGACCCACCCGGACUCCCAAUCUUUUGAAAGCUGCAGCGAUUAGUGAUGAUGAAGAGAUAGAAGAAGAUCUGACAGUGGUUACUGGUGAUGAAGAUGACGAUGAUGAAGAGUUAGAGACAAAGGGAUCGAGAAGGCAUGCAACCCCAUCCAACAGGAGGCUUUCCUCAGCACAAUCUAGCCAGAACCAGUCUAAGGUUACCCCUGUUCAGCCAUCUAAAGACGAUGACUCAGAAGACUCUGAUGACAUCAUUGUUUCACCAUCACGGCCUUUCAGACGAAGAGACUCCAACUUUUAGAAACAAUGUUUUAAAGGGUGAUUCAUAAUGUUGGUAUAGUGUGGUUUUAUAAUGAAGUUAAAAACUGCUAGUAGAGCUGGGGUAUUAGUUGCUCUGUUUAAUUUUUUUGCUUCUUCACCUAUAUUUCCAGUCAUUCCCGAACAGUAAUUCACAAAUUGGCUAGACAGAAAUUCAAAUGUCAAUUCUAAUCAACUGCGUUACAGUAUGUCUUGCUUUUGUGUCAGCUGUUAUCUAGUCAUUAGGUAAGAUGUGUAUGUGUUUGAGUGAGGGGGGUAGUAUGUGUGGAUUUACAGUAGGUGUAGAAAAUAGUGAAAUUCCUACUUCUUCUGACAUCCUCCGUAUGGAGCCACAGACAUUGCUAAUACUUUUGCAUACAUGUACCUUUAGAGAUCAACACUUUGCAUAUAUGUAUAUUAUAUAUUAUACAUUUGAAAUCCAAUACAAAGUGUAAUAUACCUAUUGUACAGCCCUAUUUAACCACACUUCCAUACAUGAAAAGAAACCCCUAAACAUGCAACAACAUAAGUACAAACUAAGAAGAGGGAAGUAACACAGGCACUUGGGUGUAUUUUAAUUAUCGAAAAAGUAACAAAUCUAAAUGCUGCUGCCUGUUUGCUUAUAUUAAUCACCCCUGGUGUUUCCAUUGGGGUGGUUUAUUUACAUGCUAUUUACAUUAAGGAAUACAAUCAAAUAGAUGGUUUAUGAAUUUUUGGAUGACAAUACGGUAGUUAUAUGCAUGUUUUUAUAUAUAUUUAGUUGUAUGCUUUUUUAUAGUAUUUUUAGCAAAAUAUAAAGCACUGUGUUUCUAACUUUUUCAUACUCCUAUCUAGGUAGCACAUUUUUACUUUUUUGUUCUAUAUUAGAGGCCAGAAUUUGAAGUGCUGUUGCACAGAAGUGAUAGCCUUGUCUUUUAAAUAUAUGAACUAUUUGAAAUCCUUAGGUGUCCACUGCACACUAUACUUAGUGAAUAAAAGCUGCUGGUAAUGUUAUCAUGACAAUCAAGGUAAAUGUAUCAAUGUUACACCGGUUCUACAAAGAAAGAUUUAUUUUAAAAAGGAGGUCAGAGCUUGCACUCUCUUUCAACUAGGACACACAAAAAGUCGAAAUGUUUACUACUCUAAAUACAGUUGGUUUUGAUACCCGUGCUUUUUUUUUUAUUGACUUCAGUUUCUUUAUAAUGUGUUUCAAUUUUAUUUUUUACGUGCACAGCGCUCUUGUUGACAUAUUAAGUGCCUUUGUAUAUUUACAGUAAUUAAGGAAAUUUAUUAUGAUCUUUGUAUGACAUUUUUCACUAAGUGUAUGUGUUUUUUUUUUUUAUUUAUAAACAAGAAAUAAAACUUUUAUCAUAUUGCACCCUC